AUGUCUUGUACUGUGCUUGAGCAUAAACCACACAACGUCGUUUCUCUGGAGAAAAGCACCUUGGAUGCCAAAGACGAAGUUGAGAACCUUUUGAAAAAAGUUAACGAAAGAGUGGAAACAAUCUCUGCAGAAAUCGAUGUAGCUGUAGCACAAAGCCAAGAUAUAACUGCCAGAGAAGAGGCGUGCAAGUCCCAGAUUGAAGCGUUUUUCACACAACUGCAAGAGAAGAUUGAUGCCGAAAAGCAAAAGAUGUUAGCAAAGACUGCAUCGGCUGCAGAAUACCGAAAUAAUCAAGUCGAAGCGCCGAAGAAGGUGCUGGACCUCGCGCUGUCCAUGUGCCAAAAUGGUGUGAAUUUUGCAAAGCAUAGCCUUGAAAACGGAAACGACGUUCAACUUUUGAACAUAAAGCCAACCAUCACACAGUAUCUGGUUAACUUAAAAAACAUGGGAGAUGAAGUCAUCCCCAAAGUAGAACACCCGAUUCAAUUUUUGAAAAGCGAAUCUUCAAUUGAGUUAUGUGUACGGUUAAUCAGAGACAUAUGUUCUGUCGAAGAGGUAGCUGUCUGCCCUGAAAAGUGCGAAGCGAAGUUUCUAGAUCCCACGGUUAAAGUCGGCAAGAGAUCGGUGAUUGUUGUAACAUGCAAGGACAAGGACGGUUGGAUUAUAACCUCGGGUUGUGAGAAAGAUCUAAUUCAGCCGACUUUCACUGGUGUACAGGUAGAAGAUAUUGAAAUAUCGGAGAACCGAAAUGGCACCCAUGAGAUUUCAUUUUUGGUAAAUGAGCUAGGGACGCUCCAGUUUGAAGCAAAGAUCAAAGGCGUUGCGGCUCCAAGUUGUUCUCUUGAAGCGGAAGUGAAAUGGGAGCUAAGUGCUGUUCAUGGCAGUGGGUAUUUACGCAUGAACGGACAGAUGGUUAUGAUCAACUGCUUGUCAGGAGAGGGUGAUGUGGGGAAAUAUUGUUUCAGGUUGGGGGAUACACCUAUGACGUCAGGUAUUAUGAAAUAUUUGAAGGAUUGUUUAUACAUUCGAUCUUUUGAAAGGCUGAGGGGGGAGGGGGGAGUUGUCCCAACUGCAAGAAUUUGCCAUCUUGGGGCCGACUAGAAAGAUAGUUAAAGUUUAUUAAAGUUAGUGCGAAAAUUAGCCAAUCAAAAUCGCGUAUUUUAGCUACUAUUUCACUAGGAACUCUCGAUUUCAGGGGCGCAUCACUGGAAAGUCGAAGUCAGUUAUGCAUUAGAAGGCGCAGAAGAAUGUUUCCACGAUACAGAGGGUCCAACAUUUGGAGUUGGUGUCGUCGAAGCUGGCGAUGAUUAUUCUGAAGCCAGUAUCGUGCAUGAAGUUACGAAGAACUGGAUUUACUCUGGACAGGCGGAAAAAAUUACCAAUGUCGUUUUGAAUCUUGAUAUGGGGAAACAAUCUUUGGAAAUAUUGCCUGGUAGAAAAGGUUUGGUUGCUACGUCGAAGUUUAGUUUCCUACGGAAAGUGUUUCAUGUGAAUGCUGAUGUGGUGUUUCCAUUUUUCGCCGUGAAUUGCCCGCACUGCAGUCUUGUUGUACAUUUCGGAAAAUGA